GGCCGCCGGCCGGUACAAAGCGACUGCCAGGAGAGUUUGCGAGCUCCCGGCGGUGCGGGCUGGCGCGGGGGCUGGAGUUUUGCGGGGCUCCCGAGCACCCCACCGACACUACCAACCUCCUUCCCCUCGACCCUCCCCGCCGGCGGCCGCGAGGCCCCGCCGGGGCGCGGAGCCCGGAGGAUGACUUUCAGGUUCCUGAAUGUGCUGUCAAAUACUGAAGCACUGAACUAGCUGAAUCGUCUGUUCCUUCAGAUGUUUAAAAAGGCCUAAAGGAAAAUAGAGUACUGGCACUUCUGUUACAGUGUUUUAAGGUUGCAUGUCUGGUUGGACUUGAUGCAUGGCAUUUGCAUGACACCUAACAGCCUAACUCUGGAUGUGUCACUGAGCAAACAUGGCCUACGCAGCAAAUACUAACAGCAGUGCUACAGAAAAAGAGGAAGUUAUUCUAAACGGAGAAGAUGAAAAAGAACGGAAAGACCUCUAUUUUGUGGAAACACCUUAUGGCUACCAGCUAGACUUGGAUUUUCUGAAGUAUGUGGAUGAUAUACAAAAGGGGAAUACCAUUAAGAAAUUAAACAUCCGAAAGAAGAGGAAAGCUGUACCAGCCUCAGUGGGUACCAAGAACUCUGGUGGCCAGUGCAGUGGCUGGACCUCCACAGAGUCUCUCUCUUCGUCGAACAGUGAUGAGAACAAGCAGUUUGGUCUGGCGGUGAGGAGUCAAGUAACCUCAUCUGUUGCUGCAAGACCCUCAGUUUCCUUUGAAGCAUCUCCUUCCUACUUAACCGUCCCUGAGAGUAAACAGCCUCUCCCUCCCUCCCCCCAACCUCCUCGGCACAACCUCCAUGUAACAAAAACCCUCAUGGAAACACGGAGGCGACUCGAGCAGGAGAGGAUGAUGCAGGUCACGCCUGGAGAUGUCCGCAGGCCCCGGCUUUCCAGCUUUGGAGGCAUGGGCUCCACGAGCUCCCUCCCCUCUUUUGUGGGAUCCAGCGGGUACAGUCACAUGUCUCACCAGCUGCAGAAUGGGUAUCAGGGGAACAGCGACUAUGGUGCCUGCUUCAGCCCCUCCUUGGGCAGUUCCAUUCGUCACAGUCCCAUGAGCUCGGGAAUAUCCACGCCGGUCACCAACGUGAGCCCAGUGCAUCUGCAGCACAUCAGGGAGCAAAUGGCUGUUGCCCUCAAGCGCCUCAAGGAGCUUGAGGAGCAAGUCAAGACCAUUCCUGUGCUGCAGGUCAAAAUUUCCGUGUUACAGGAAGAGAAGAGGCACAUGAUGGCUGAGCUCAAAAAUCAGGGGAAAGCCACUCAGAAUGACGUGUGUGGUUUCAGAAAGCGAUCCUACAGUGCAGGAAAUGCAGAGCAGUGGGAACACAUGUCUCAGGUGAGAAGAGGUGGAGAACUGUAUAUAGAUUGUGAGGAAGAGCUGGAGAGUGUGGAGCAGAGCUCUCAGAGGAUAGAGGAGUUCAGGCAGCUGACAGCUGAGAUGCAAGCCCUGGAGAAAAAAAUCCAGGAUAGCAACUAUGAAAGUCCAGCAAACCUUCGGGUGAACAGAGAAAGCCUGACAAAGGAAACUCGAUCUGUUGCUGUAGGUGCUGAAGAGAACAUGAAUGAUGUGGUUAUGUACAACAGAUCUGCGAGGCAACACAGAGAAGUAGCUGUGGGGACAGAGAAAGAAAUGAGAGAGUCUGGGGUUGGGGUGACGGAGGCCAUGCUUGGCUUGUCUACGGAGGUUGAGAAAGAGAUAGAGCUUCAGCAGCAGACCAUCGAAGCCCUUAAGGAGAAGAUUUACAGACUAGAGGUUCAGUUAAAGGAAACAACCCAUGACAGGGAAAUGACCAAAUUAAAACAGGAGCUGCAGGCGGCUGGGUCUAGGAAAAAAGUGGAUAAAGCUGUGAUGGCUCGGCCCCAUGUGGUCAGCAGGAUGGUGGAGGCUGUCAUACAAACGAGAGACCAAAUGGUGGGAAACCACGUGGUUGUUGCCGAUUCGUCGGUGGGAAACCACCUGCAGACGAGCAGUGUCGGCACCUCCUGCAGACCUGCCAUGCAGAGCGCAGCUGCAGGCCCCGAGCUGCUGAUGAGCCGGUGGCUGGUGAGGGAGAGGGCAGAGGUGCGAGACCAGGGCACAGGGAGGUCCGUUGAGCUGCACGAUAAGGCAGUGGGCACAGAGACGAGCAUCUGUGAGACAGGUGUCAACACGGAGGAGCAGGCAGGUGUUCCGAGCCCCAGCUGGGAGGCACAGUCGCUCGGAGCGGUGAGGUCUGUGGGUUGUGGGGAUUGCUCGGUGGACGUGGUGAUUUGCACCCCUAAGGAGCGUGUGUCCCGCGAAACGGCCACAGAGGCUGUGCACAGGGCAGAGGCGACGGUGAUGGCCGUGCCUUCUACGGCUAGCCGGCAAACUAGCACCACUUUGGAGAUGGUGAGCCAGUGCACCGGCACGGAGGCGGUCUCCCUAUCAGACUGUGGGACGAACACCUCUCUGAGCAGCUGUGAUAAACAGACAAACACUGAGAGCGUGGAGACGCGGAGCGUGGCAGUAGGAGAUGGCAGGGUGAAGGACAUCCACGUGUCUGCUAAAACACGUUCGGUUGGAGUGGGCACCUUGUUGUCUAGCCACCCUGGCUUUGAAAAGCCCUCUGCAAUAAAAACCAAAGACUUUGGCGUUGGGCAGAUAAACAUUAAUGAGAACUACCUGGUUGGUCUUAAAAUGAGGAGCAUUGCCUGUGGACCACCUCCGUUGCCAGUUAUGCCAGCUGGCACCAGGAGCAUCGGUGUUGGUGGAGAGUCUGUGUGUGAACCAGUGAGUGGUCUGUUGGAAAGCCCUCUGCCUCCACCUGAGCUGAGGACGGGCUUGGAUCACUACAUCGAGCGUGUGCAGAAGCUGCUGCAGGAACAGCAGAUGCUGCUCGCUGAAAAUUACAGUGAAUUGGCAGAAGCUUUUGGGGAGCCGCACUCCCAGAUUGGAUCUCUCAAUUCGCAGCUCAUCAGCACCCUCACCUCCAUCAACUCCGUCAUGAAGUACGCCAGCACGGAGGAGCUGCAGAGCCUGGACCUUCAGAAGCAGUGCACGGAGAGAAGCGCCGCGUCAGGUGCUACUUUGGAGUACAUCCCUCAUGGUCAACUUGCAAAUGCCCACUUAACCUCAAAUUUGCGAACGCUGAAGUUGGAGCAGGACAUUGUGCCUGCUCAGGAGGAGAGGAAGACUCCCCUAGUGGAAGCUGUUCGGGGAAGGAAGUCCUUUUCUUCUCAGGACAAAACUCUCGCUCCAAUUAACCUGACAGAUGACCAGCUUGCCUCUGGCCUCUAUGUAUGUACUAAUAAUGAAAACACACUCAAAUCUAUCAUGAAGAAAAGGGAUGGGAAAAAGGAUUUGAGCAACACCAAGAAGAACCUGCAGUUUGUUGGCAUUAAUGGCGGGUACGAGACAACGUCCAGCGAUGACUCCAGCUCUGAGGAGAGCUCCUCCUCCGAUUCAGAGGAGGAGUGUGAGGGCCAUGUGUACCCCAACAGCCGGCACACAGAGGAGGGGCAGCCCAUGUCCCACGCACCAGAGGUCUGCGCUGUGGGGGCAGAGAAGGACAGCCCUCCACCAGAGUGUGAGGCCGAGGAGGUGGAAAUCAGAGAGAGAUACGAACUAAGUGAAAAGAUGCUUUCUGCCUGUCAUCUGCUGAGAAACAACAUUGAUGACCCCAAGGCAUUGACCAACAAAGAUGUGCUAAAUUCCCUUAUUACUACAGCCAGCCAUCCUGCAAGUGAACAACAGAGGUUUUGUUUAAAUACCAUCCAGCAUGAGUGGUUUCGUGUCUCAAGUCAGAAGUCAGCUGUCCCUGAAAUGGUUGGAGACUAUAUAACUGCUUUUGAAGAGAUUUCCCCUGCUGUCCUCAGACAUAUCAUCAACAUGGCAGAUGGAAACGGAAACACAGCUCUGCAUUACAGCGUCUCACAUUCUAACUUUGAAAUUGUAAAGCUGCUUCUGGAUGCAAAUGUCUGUAACGUAAAUCAUCAGAACAAGGCCGGCUAUACCCCCAUCAUGCUUGCUGCGCUUGCAGCUGUGGAAGCAGAGAAGGACAUGAGGAUAGUGGAGGAACUGUUCAGCUGUGGGGAUGUGAAUGCUAAAGCCAGCCAGGCUGGUCAGACCGCACUGAUGCUAGCUGUGAGUCAUGGGCGGAUAGACAUGGUCAAAGCUUUGCUGGCCUGUGGUGCAGACGUCAAUAUCCAGGACGAUGAAGGCUCUACAGCACUGAUGUGUGCUAGUGAACACGGACACGUAGAAAUUGUCAAACUUCUGCUGGCUCAGCCUGGGUGUAAUGGCACCCUGGAGGACAAUGAUGGCAGCACAGCACUUUCAAUAGCCCUGGAAGCUGGACAUAAGGACAUAGCGGUUCUCCUUUAUGCCCAUGUCAACUUUUCCAAAACCCAGUCACCGGGCACUCCUAGGCUAAGCAGAAAGACAUCUCCUGGUCCCACCCACAGAGCCACGUUUGAGUAAUAGUGCAUGAAUAUCUGUACAAAUCUCUAUGCCAUCUUUAAGCUGCUAAAUGUUACUGUUUUACUGAGACAGAUACUGAAUGUAAUUGUCUUGUGCCUGAACUCACCAGCAAAGUGAAAGCAGAGAUCUAGUGCUAAAGAUAGAAAAAACUGUAAACUUGAAGCAAACAUGUAGUUAAGUAACGCUCAGCUUAGCCAGAACUGGUUCUUUUGCUCACCUACUCAUCUUUCCGUACACUGGCACACAUCCUGUUUUUCUUUGCUAUAGAUUAUCCUUUCCUAUGUUACGUGCAGCCUCAGACUUCUAAAGCUAUCCAUGCAGGGGUAUCCUGGUGGCUUGGUUUUAAUCAUUCUAAAAUAUACUUAUAUCUACUGUGCCUAGACGUUACCACAGUAACCUUUUCAUAAAUUUCAUUCCAAUGUGAUUUUAAUAUUUUUAAUUACUUUGAAAUUCAGAAAUUGCAGUUGCUUUUAUAGUCAGCUCCGUGGAUCUUGAGCUGGUGGGUGAAUGGGUAGGUAUUGGGGAUAGAGCCUCUUGUCAGGUCUGAAGUUCACUAUGUAAGUUGUUGCUAACUGGGGAUAAUGUAUAACUUUUUAUAUGAAAGAUACUAGUAUCUAUAAAAUUAACUCGCACAGUAUUUUCAACAUUUUAUAUUCCUUAAUAAUUAAAAACUACAUGAAGAAUUACAUGUCCUGUUACCAUAUUUUUAUUAACUGUGUCAGUCUAUAAGCUCCAUACAUGUUUGUUUAUUGGAGAGUAAAAUUAGAGGUACCAGCUGUAUAUUCCCCUUGGUGGAAUUGAGCGUAGUUCUUGGUGCAUAUUUAUGGAAUGCUAUUUACCUUGUCACAUUCACUUUAGUCAUGUGUAUUGAAAUGUUUGAAGUGCCUUAGACUCUUGCCAUAUUUUCAGAAUAAAAUUUCAUUAUGCUGUUUUA